AUGGCUGGCAGGCUCACGCUCACGCUCUCACUCUCGCACCCGGAGCCCCCACUCGUCUGCUGCACCAGCGUGCGGCCCGGCGGAAGGGCAGCCGCGAUACUAAGUUUCCACCUGGAUGUCAAACCUGGGGCGGCUCCGGCCCCCCGGGCACAGCGGGAGAGAGGACUGACGCCGCGGGCCCGCGACCUUUCCACCCAGACUCAAGACCAGCAUUUUUUAAACGCCGAGAUUUUCAACCGCCCUUCUCGCGAGUGGGGCCGCGGCAGCCGUGCGGUCGGCGGCCGGGCUUCCGCGCGUCCCGAGACCCCCGGGGGGCUCCCGGUCCGCGCCGGGUGGGGGGUGGGGGGAGAGGGGGCCGGCGCGGCGCGCGCCGACAGCCCCGGGCGGGGUCCCCGCGACUCCACCUGCCAAGGCCCGGCCCGGCUCCGGGGCGCCCGCGCUGACCAACGGCCGGCGCCCGCGAGUGUCACCCGCGGACCGUCCGCAGACAAAAAGCGCCUCCCCGCCGGCCCGGCGCGCCCCUCCCACCGCCGGCCGGGCCCCGCGCCUCACAAAGGCCGGCCCGGCCCGCUCGGCGCCGCCGCGAACAAAGGCCGCCCGGCCCGCAGGCCGGCACAGGGUGCUGGAGAUCCCGAGAUAACUGAAGAGACCCCCCCCAGCAGUCACUGCCAGACUCCACCGGAGCUCCUGGCGAGAUGUCCAGCUGGGCGGUGGCUCAUUCAUGCUCCCAUUUGGCCUUGGUAUCUGUCCGGCUGUGGGGAGAAUAGGUGUCCUUGUCCUUUCUGGGGGCCCAGGAUCCCUCUGGGGAACAAACCUGAAAACUGUCUUAUAAAUCUCGUAGUACAAGACAGAUACCACCAUCUCUCAUUUGAUUUCACAGAUUUGGAAUUAAAGCUCCUCUCCUGAGGAAAAAAAAAUGCA